AUGCCUGGUUGUUGGGAAGGACCCGGCGGCUCACACGAGGCUGAUCAAGAUGGCACUCUGUUAGAUGGCGUUGUGCGCGAAGUUCUCGAGGAAACAGGUCUGCAUGUUUCGCGGAUUGUGGAGCUCGCGGGGGUCGAUGGGUGGACACAUCAGCGGCGCAGCGAUGGACAGUUUUUUCGUGUUGCCAAGUACUCGUUCAUUGUCGAGGUCUAUGAAUCCAUGCGAGAACUAUCUGGUUCUUCGCAGCUGGUUCCUCGCAGUGAUAUUCCUGUGGUGUUGGAAGUUGGUGCACAUGAUUUAUUUGAGUGGGCGACCGAGGAGGACGUUCGCGCAUCUCUACAGCCUGGCGCAGGACGAUUCAAAUUUGGGCCUUUGGUGGGGCCCAUUGUUGCUCGGACUUUUUUACUGAACAGAGAAUCUAAACAAAAGUAA